UUCGUCUGGCAAAGUGGAUGUUUGUGCGUUUUCGCGAUUAGUGCUAUUUUAAUUGAAAUGUGUAAAAUAUUUCUAAAUAAAUGUUAACCGAAGUUAUCAGUGCAAUUGAUAAGAAAAUUAGUAAGCACCUGAGUAAUAUAACAACGUUUCAAGCAAAUUGCUCUGACCAUUAACACUACAUAUAUAUGUAUAGUACAUAUGAUGGUGUGGGCGCUGAUGCAGUGGAAUUGAAGCGACUGCUGUAGUUAUUUUUCGAGAAUACCCAAAGGAAAGGAAGAAAGAAGUUGCCGUUGCACCGUUGGAAAAUAUGGCAGACUAGGCUCAAGUGUGUAACCAAUGCUACAGACGCAUGUGCGUAAUUUUAUUGAACGAAAUUCGGCUGAAGUUGGCUUGAGCGCAUAAAAAAUGCUAUCGUCGUCGACGACGUCUGCAUCACAUCGCAGCAACAGGCGCGAACCGAAACUGAACGCUGGGUCAAAUUUGGAUGAUGACGAUGCUGGCAGUAUCAUCGUUGAAGACACCGAAGUGGACAUUGCAGUCGACGUGGAUGUCGACGAGGUACCCACACAGAAGCCCCAUUUCUUAGACGAUGCCAUGCCACCACCCGAAAUGGUCGCUGAUUUUGAGCGCGUGCUAACUUUCAGCGCAAAAAUAGAGUCGAAAACCUGCACCUCCACCAGCAGCGGUGAACAAUUGAAGAUGGAUAAGAAGUACGAGCGUGACGGUGAGAUUAGCGACUAUGAGUUGGCAGCUAGCGGUUAUACAAAGAAAGAAUUUACACAGGACGAUAACACUUUGAAUCUACCAUGUGGCAUUGGAAAGAGCGCAUUUACGAAACCAAAGCAUUUUUUGGACGAGAAUCCCAUACCGCCAGACUACAUGUUGCUUGCUACUGCCGUCGAACAGGACCUGCGUCGCGAGCAUCGUAGUCUAGACCGCAAUUUCGAACGGCAAGAGGAGCAGCAGUCCGCCCUAAAUGCAGGUCAUUUGAUGAAGAGCAGCAGCAGCAGCAGCGGUGGCGGUCGUAAAAGUUCAUUGGACCGCGGCGGUUAUGGUGGCGGCGCGGCUAGCGGUAGUCAUAGUGGUAGCAUGUCGAGUUCGCAUACUUCACGAGAGCGCAAUAAAGAGCUCACGUCAUCAUACACCUUGUCACGUUUUCUGCACAGCGCCGAAACGCCUUCACCACCACCAGCACUACAACGCAGCAUACCAAAAGGUGGCGCCUGGGCCAGCAACAGCGGGAGCGGUAGUUGCAGCUUUGAUAGACUUUAUGGCAGCUUGCCAAUGGCUCAUGCUGGCGGCAGCACUGGCAUCGGCGCUGACAAUAGCAAUAAUACACUUGGGGUCGAUGACAUUGUCGAUGUCGACCGUCUUGGUCCGAAGGUGGAGUGUGUGUAUUCGCUACUGUCGAUGUUGGGCUCCAAUGACCCGGCGGAAAUGUCUAAGAAGUUUCUUGAAUUGUCGCGAACACCAGAAACAUGCAGCGCCCUACGCCGUGCCGGCUGUGUGCCUCUGCUGGUGCAGAUGAUGCAUUCCGAUGGCGAUGAUAGUGUUCGAAAAUGCGCUAGCAUGGCACUACACAACGUUGUGCACAGUCACCCGGACGAAAAGACCGCGCGACGUGAAGCAAAGGUGCUGCGCUUGCUCGAGCAGAUAUUGGACUAUUGUAAUUUUUUGAAAACGCUUCUGCAGAGCGGUGGCGAAGCGAUUGCUGAUGAUUCAGAAAGGCAUCCGCUGGCGGCGAUUUCGUCAUUGAUGAAAGUGAGCUUCGACGAAGAGCAUCGGCAUGCUAUGUGCGAGUUGGGUGCACUGCAGGCAAUACCGAAUUUGGUGCAUUUGGACCACGCUGUGCACGGACCGAAAUCUGAGGAUCAGUGCUGUAAUUCGUUGCGACGGUAUGCACUCAUGGCGCUAACGAAUCUCACAUUCGGCGAUGAACACAACAAGGCCUAUCUAUGUAGUCAGAAACUGUUCAUGGAGGCACUGGUGGCGCAGUUGGACUCGGCACCCGAUGAUUUACUGCAAGUAACCGCCAGCGUAUUGCGCAAUCUGUCCUGGCGUGCUGAUAGCAAUAUGAAAGCAGUGCUAAAUGAAAUUGGUACCGUGACCGCCUUAGCGGGCGCGGCUAUGAAAAACAAGAGUGAGAAUACGCUUAAGGCUAUAUUAUCUGCAUUGUGGAAUCUGUCGGCUCAUUGUAGUACAAACAAGGCCGAAUUUUGUGCGGUGGAGGGCGCACUCGCCUUCCUUGUCGAUAUGCUCUCGUACGAGGGACCCAGUAAAACGCUGAAAAUCAUCGAAAACGCAGGUGGCAUACUUCGCAACGUCUCUAGUCACAUCGCUGUUCGCGAACAUUACCGCCAAAUACUGCGCGAGCGCAACUGCCUCUCGAUAUUGCUGCAGCAGCUUAAGUCGGAGAGUUUAACGGUGGUGAGCAAUUCUUGUGGUACAUUGUGGAAUUUAUCGGCGCGUUGCCCAGAGGAUCAAAAAUUUCUGUGGGAUAACGGCGCAGUGCCCAUGUUACGUUCGCUGAUACACUCAAAGCACGCUAUGAUCUCUGAGGGCAGUGCUUCGGCGCUCAAGAACCUACUCAACUUCCGGCCAGCAGUGCAGAGUCAGAAUCCAUUGGAUCCAAUUGCACGUUCGAUGGGCCUACGCAAAUUGCCGACAUUAAAUGUACGCAAACAAAAGGCGCUGCAACAAGAGUUAGGCGGAAAACAGCACGCCGAGACUUGCGAUAACCUAGAUAUGAGCAAUGGCGGUAUACACAGAGAGGGUGGUCAACUCCACCAACAUAACACAUUGAGUGUAGCUAUGCAAACGCAGCGACAACGCUACACCGGCGUAGCUGGUGGAACUGUACCUCCAGGUGCUUCAGUGCGACUCACACGCUCCGCUAUGCUGACCAAGAGCGAAAGUCGCGACUCCGUCUUUUCCGCAAAAUCAGAUACGGCCUACGAGAAUUUGAUGCGUUCCCAAUCGGCUUCGGACGCCAAUCGCAAAAAGUUGCCAUAUGCGGCAGCAGCUGCUGCAGCCGCUUACUCACUAGAAAACGAUGUGGAAGCUACUGACGUGGAGCAGCCAAUCGAUUACUCAGCCAAAUACUGUGAAAAAGAUGCCAAAAUUCCCGACGAAGGCGCAACUAAAGUGCAAGCAACGGCCAACAGCAACGCCAGCGUCACAUAUCAGGAAACUGAUUUAGAUCAGCCAACUGACUUCAGUUUGCGCUAUGCUGAGCAUCAACUUGAGUCGGAUUUACAUGUGUUGUCAACUGAGCGAAGAGCUCUUAGUAAGGUUGCCAUCGCAAUGGACACUACCGCCGGCACGCUGCAAUCAUCUGGAGUGCCAAAUGUGCACCAAGCUGAAGGUGGUGAUGGCAAUGAAAUACUACUGAUACUUGAAGAUACUGUGAAAUGCUAUCAAACUGAAGAUACACCAUACGUUAUAUCCAAUGCCGCGUCCGCCUCGGACUUGCGACAAGCCGUCGUCAAAUCGGAAGCUGUUCCACCAGCAGAGUCUGCAAAAACUACACAUAAACCUAAAAAAUGCCACCGAGUACAGCAAAUUCCCAGCAACGGAGGCGUUCAUGGAGGCGCCACGUACGGCUCGGGAUCCUACACACCUGAAAAGCCAAUCAAUUACUGCGAAGAGGGUACACCCGGUUAUUUCAGCCGCUACGAAUCGCUGAGCAGUUUAGAUGAGUCGCCGCCGACGCAGCAGUCGCACAAUAAAGAUGUCAAGGCGGGUCCAACGAAAGCAACCACUAUAUGCCCAACAAAGGUUAGCGACGAGCCUGCAGAAACCCGACCAACGGACAUGCCUUUACCGCAGGUUGGUCUCUCCGCUACACAAACCAGCGGCAAUGCGACCACAAUGAAUUCCGCACAAGAAACACCGCUAAUGUUUUCGCGUCACAGCUCAAUGGAUUCGCUGGUUGAGGAAGGCGAAGAGGAGAUAGGCGCUUGCGAUGACAAGAGCUCUGUCGUUAGUGAUUUCAGCCGAUUAGCCAGCGGCGUUAUUUCACCUUCGGAAAUACCCGACUCGCCUACACAGAGUAUGCCGCACUCGCCGCGGCGCCACAGCAAUGCCGGCCAUGUAAGCAGCAGCGGCGGUAGUGGAAUUGGCGCCUUUCAGUCAGGCGUCUCGCCGCUUGCACCCACGCGCGGAUGUGCAGUCGGGAUAGCUGCAAGCAGCGCUGGUCAUGCGCUACGUGGUAGCGUUGCCAUCGGUGAGGAAAGUAAACGCCCGUUGCGAAGCGUCUUUGAAGAUGAUAUAAGCACGUUCCACGUCGAAAAUACUCCAGCACAAUUUUCAUGCCGCACGAGCCUAAGCAAUCUGAGCAUAAUAGAUGAUGAAAACAGCUUACCGCCAUCUAGACAACCGGUUGAGGGCGAAAACACUAUGCAACCAGCAACUGUGUCAGAAGGUGAAGAAGAAGAAGCUGGUAACAACAUCGACGAUAUACUGCUCGCCAAUUGCAUCAACAUGGGGAUGAAUCGUACAACCAUAACAGCUGCAACCUCUAAAAAGUCGGUGCGCGCAACCAACAGUCAAACAGCCGCAGACAGUCAAUUGACCGUCGAGGAGCCAAAGCAUUAUUACACUGAGGAUACGCCAGCGCUGCUCUCGAAAGUCGGGAGUAAUACCAAUUUAUCAGCGAUUUCGAUUUGCUCGAGCAAUAACAUGGAAGAAUUAAAGGAGUCACAGCCGCCGCGCUCCGCAACAGGUGAUAUGUGCCAAAAUCGGCACUCGCUUACUCUAUCAGAUGAUGUGUCAUCGAAUGCCUCGGAAAGUGGUGCAACCGGUCAAUCAUUCGAUUUGUUGCAGCAAUGCAUAGAAGUAGGCAUGAAGAAGCCUAAUACCCAGGCGAAAUCGCAUACGAGCGGCGGGGCCAUACAACAUAAAAUGAUGAGGCCUUCGCCUGCGGCGGAUCCUAUAGCUAUGAUGCGACGCGGCGGUAAUGUACUUCCGCCAUAUUUACCAGUCUCAGAUGAAAUGAGUAAAUUCCUGGUAGAAGACUCGCCCUGUAAUUUUUCUGUGGCUUCGGGAUUGUCAAACCUGACCGUGGGUUCCAGUUUGGUGGGGCCGGCAGUUCAACUAAAGGGUAAUACGGAAAGUAUUGAAAAUUCACAAAAUAUGCCUGCGAAUGUAGGUCAGCCUUCUGACGAAGUGGCUACUGAAGAGGGUGCACGCAUGGAACAAAAAUGGCAGGACGAUUCACUUAGCUCAUUGUCUAUAGACUCUGAAGACGAUACGAACCUGUUAAGUCAGGCUAUUGCCGCCGGCUGCAAUAGGCCAAAAUCGAAUCUUGGUUUCAGCAGCACAUCGAGAACCAAUAACAAUAACAAGCGCACAUCAUUGUCCUCCUCCCAGCCAAUACCAAUAAAUGCAGCCACCUCGUCAUCGUCUCUCAAUUCAAGUGCCACAGCGCGACGCUACCAAAAUCAGCAGCAGCAUAUUUCUGGCGUCGAUGAUGGCAUUACUUCCAUUACAACUCAUAGAUAUCAAAAUGGUAAUGAAUCUUACAGCUCAGUGGACUCGAGUGAUUCGAAUGAUAAUCAAGCUAAAUCAUUGUUUGAGCUGUGCAUACGCAACGGCAUGCAUAAGCCAACGCGAGAAAGCGCAAAUCACCAACGUCGCCAACAUUUGUUGAGCAAUCGUCGGGGAACUAGCAGCACAACGCAAUCAAAUCCGAAUCUUAAGCAAUUUGAUUCGCUGCCAUUGCAACUGCAUACACAACCCAAACCGAUAGCUUUGCCGACAAACGUGGCCACUGCACUACCAACCACAACAACAACUGUCAAUCGUCAUAUACGCGAACGGGAACGCAAGGACGAGAAGCUAUUAUUGGAAUGCAUCAACACCGGUAUCUCAAAGAAAAUUAGUAUCAGCAAUAGUCACAGCGGCGGUGGAGGUAGUGCGACAGGCGGUCCAAAAUAUGCGGCUCACAAUACCACUCAUUCAAAAUCUAUGCCGAUAUUUGCAGUUAGCGAUAGUAACAAUAGUUCUGAAAACGGGCCAAAAAACGUGCUGGCUACGUCUGCGGCUGCACCGGCGCUGUGUCACCCACACGCGGCUAUUUUAUCCUCAAAUGUGCACAGCAUAGCAGCUCCAGACGUAGUAAAGACGAGCAACUUCGGCUACAACAACACAACCACCACUAUCAACAACACCAACAGCAGCAAAAGCAGCAGCAACAACACUUCCAACGACACCAACAACUCUUACAGCAGCGUGAACUGUUGGGAAGCGAAGUACACCAACAGCGUCGACAUCACAGACGUAGCAAAAAGUCCGCCGAUGGGCACCACCAUCACAGCACACAACGACGCAAAUCUUCCAAAUCACGUGAACGUAACAGUCGACAAGAAAGUGAACGAUACUGGGUAUAAAGAAGAGCAGUCGGUUGAACUCGACCAGCUGCUCGCACAUGAGGAGAUGAAUAGUCCGUCUGCCUCGCUGGACAACACCGCAACUAGUGAUGAUUCGAAUGAAUCGUUCAUUAUUGAAACCACUGUCUCGCUAGAGAUGCGCCAGUCACGCACAUCUCCACCGCUAACAACGUCUCAAAAGCACAAAGAUCCCGAUUUGAUGUUAAAAUCUGUGGAAAGGCUGACAUUGGAGUUCGUCUCAUCAGCUGAGCAAUUACGUACUAACUCUACAAACGUUGUUACGGAAUGUAGUGCCGUUGAACAACAGCGAAUGGCUUCAGGUGCCGCCAGUAUUUCUAUUGGUGGUACGUCGAACUCCAACAAUACAUGGAAUGAGGAUACCUGCCCCAACGACGAUGUUUCUUUUCCCAGCGUUAGCGUUACAGCACCGGUUGUUGCGUCAUUAAAUUAUGAUGAGGACGAUAAUGAUGAUGAAGAGGCUGAUGCAACAGAAGCGGAUCAUAAAGAUUUACAUGAUUUCGCUGAAAUAACACCAAUAAAUGAGGAGCAGCCACAACCAUCAAUUUUGUUGCACGAACCUGCCGACACGGGCACACAACCCAGCUCAUUAGAAACGGAAACUGAAACGGACACGUUGGUGAAUGAAAGCCGCAGCAUACAUGCAUCUUGUCACAAUCCAACUGAAGAAUCAACCACCAAAAGCGGCAUAAAUUUUCAAUUGGGUGGAGCUGUGCAAUCAGCAGCACUCUCCCUGAGUGGUCAUCAUCAUAUGCUCUAUGGUAGCAACAUCAAAGCUGCUGCCGCUGCAGCGCAGGCCGCUGCCGCCGCUGCGGCCAUGACAAAUUCCACUAUUAUCGCCAUUGAAGCGCGCGCCUUAGCUGAGAAUCUGCAGCAUGGUGGAAACGUAAGCGCAGAUGACGACGACAGCAUCGACCUAACUUUCAGUAUGAAUAGCUUGGAUUUGGACAACAUCCGUCCACCAUCGGGAAUGGAAUCGCUCAACAUAUCUGGCUACUAUCAGCAAGAGUCACAGUCUAACACAUUUCAUUCGCUCGGUCUUUUGCAAAGGCGCGGUAGUAGCACACCGCAGAGUCCACAGAUGAUGAUGCGCUCACCAAAAUUUCCGCGCAAGUCACUGCCGCAUGGUCUGGUGGCAAAACGCGCGCUGGGACAACUACCCGCACAUCUAAGCGGCAGUGCUGAAAGCAUUAAUUCGAGUUGCAAUUUGUUGGAGAAUAUCAAACCACCGUCCCUGAUGGAUGAGUUAUUGGACUCUAUGAUAAGUGUGGCCAGCAUACAAUCGGAGGUGGCGGAUGGAGAGUGCAGCAUGGCCACCACACUCUCAGCAGCCUCAAACUAUGAGACAGCGGCAGGCGGUCAUAUGGAAGGUUUGGAUUAUGACGAUAACACGGUAACUUUGCAAAGUUGUUACGAAACAAUGCCACAUGAUUUCGAAGCCGAAGAAAAUUCCUCUCACAGUGGGGCUGGCAGCACACCGCUGCCAAUGGAUGAAUGCGAGUUCAGUUCUGCCGAGUCCACGCCACAGAAAUCAUCUGCAUCACCAAUGCCACCAAAUGGCGAAAAACGCACAUUAACGCCCAAACAGAAACGAAAAGUAGCCAAAGACCGUUACCGCACAUACACGAUUUCUGCAAAUGUAUAUGUAACUGAGGAAGAACAACGGCGAUUGGAGUUGGCAGAGACGCAAAUGCCAGACGAAACGUUGCAAAUUGAAAUUAUCGAGACGGAUAUUGCUAAUAACUCUGGUUCGAGCAGUCGUCGACGUGCAGAUGCCGAACGUUAUCGUACCCAAACGAUAAUUUACACUACAGCAACUACAACAACAACAACCGCAAUUACAAGUAAUGUGACAGGAGUAAAAGAUACCUACGGCAGCGCGGAAGAAUCGGCCGGACCGUAUUCUCUAACUUCCACCGACGACAGCCCCUCGGAAAAUAUUUCUUCACUACGCGCAAUAACGCAAAAGUUUAAAUUCAUAAAUAUGCCUAUUAGCACAUCCAACGGCGCGACAGAAUCAGAAGCGGCAGAGGUGAGAGGUGCUCCAGAUGGUGGUGAUUGUACCAGUAUUGAAUGCGAUCAAAAUUCCGAAACCGAGUCCUGUCAUGACCAACAUGAAACAUAUGGCAUCGCUGAAAAUUAUGAUGACCAGAGCGAGGAGUACACUUCUGAUGAUAGUGAAUCGGAGGAGCAGUCGGUGGCUAAGCCGCUGGCACGCGCACGUAUUGCCAAUCCAAUUGAGCUAGCUGCGACCGAAGAUGUGCCAGAUGAUAAGCAGAAAGCGGUGCGUGGUCGUAAAAAACCAGCUUACAUUUCACCCUAUAGCAUACAAUAUCAACGCAACAUGUCGCCACAAACGCGUGUUGCCACCAAUAAAACUUUGACUCCAACCGCAACAGCGCAGCCAAAUGCGUGCCGCAAACGCGACACCAAUGUAAAUACUACCGAUGCAACUGGAACGCGGUUAACAACGCCGAAGAAAUUGCAGACCCACAAUAGCGGUAGCGCGAAGGAUACAACAAUACAACAGACGGCAGCGUCACAUUCACUCGAACGACAAGGCACAUUUGUGCAGGACGAACCGACGAUUGCAACAUGCCAAGUUCCAGUUGUUGUGUCAGAUGUGAAAGCGACAUUACCGUCAACUGCAACCACUACAACUACAACUGGCGGCAGCCCGCAACGCAGUUCAAAGCUGCCAACAAAGUGUACCGCCCCCGUGACUACUUCAAAAUCAACCCCGGCAGCCACCAGCCGUAAAAUACCGAUUGCUGCGAAAUCAGGCUCACCAAAACACCGUAAAGUAAUCGCAACAGCUAGUGCAGUUACAAGCGGCGCCAUGCCCCAGCGCUCCAACAGCAAUGCGGCCAUACGUGUCACCAGCAGCGCAGCGCGCAUUACACGCGUAUCGGCUACGACGCCUCCUACGCGCAGCAAUUCAAAUCUCAACAGCCGUGAUACCGCCACAACAGCUGCAGCGCAUGCUACAAAAAAUGCAGUGGCAAAAAUCAAUCAAGCGCAAAGUCGCAUCGCCAACAUUUGGAAGCGCGUAAAUGACGCAAAAAGCAUACGGCAAGACCAGCAGAAGGGGCCGCGCGUCAGCGCAGCACGUGGCUCUGCUGCAGUGGUGAGUAAACUGAAGUCGCAGCAAACGAAGUCGUCGCCGGCACUAAAUGCGCCCAAGACUGCAGUGGGUCAACGAACGACGCAGCAGCAGCAACAACUGCAAAAGAAGCAAACGCUGAUACGUAGCUCAACAUUCGAUAAUACGCCGAAAGGUGUCGACGGUGAGCUACAAAAUGGAGCAGUAAAAACUGCAGUGAACACGGUUGGUGGUAGGCUGGCAGGAUUGCAGCGAGGCGGUAGAAAGUAAGAUGACAAAGUAAACUUUUAAUAGCCGUACAACUAACGCAAUUUUAUUCGGUAAUCAGAUUAGAUUAUAGAACGAACGUAAUACUUGUCAGAGAGUAGCACAAGUGAAGCGAAAAUUGACUUGAUAAAUGUAGUGUUGUAGCAAAUUUUGGUAUGAAUACCCUCACGGUGUUUGGGUUCAAUGUGUAUGUGUGUGUGGAAGAGGAUCGGUAAUGUGAUUAAAUACAUUAGAAUUUCUGUCAUUAUCUUAUCUCCCGCGCGCAAACCUACAACACACACCAUUCAUUGGAAACCCUAUUAGCAAAUCAAUCAAAUCAGUUAGUCAAAACCUAUGCACUUAAGCGCAUUUAAAUAAUUUUAAGAUAGUGUCUAAUCAAUCUAGUGAACUAAUUAUAAAAAAAUACUAAGAAGCACUCAGAAUGAUCUACAAAAUGAUUUGAAGUAAACCCCUGCCCCGAGGGAUUUCACUGAAAUGUAAUACAUUGAAAACUAGUUUGGAAAGAAAAUAUUGAAGCAGCGUAAUGUCGUAUGCGUUCUAAGGAGCAAACCUUUACGCUUGACUAUAUGCGUAUUUUCAUGUACAAUACAAGAAAAUUUCGUAAAAGCAAAGUAUUUUGAUAGUAAAAAAGAAAUGUUUGAAGCUUGCAAUGUGUGCAUACCUUCAGGCAAAACUGAAUGCGGUUAGGUAUAACAAAAUUUUCAAAGGCGAAUCGAGUUUACAUGGAAUUAAAUGAUAUCCACUUAAUUUAAUUAUUAAGCACAUUGAAAGCGCGCGCAUUCGCUCAUUCAACUUAGCUUUUCAAUGCUAGUAAUGGACCCGCGUGCAUAAGCGUUGUGCCGAAGCACUUCGCAAUUGAAGAUGAACACGAUAAAUUACUCAUUUGUUCAUCGAAUAAGUGGCCGGACUGUCGAUUAUUUAAUACAAAAAGUACUUGCUGACGUGCGAUACAAUUUCGUUGCUUCCAUUGUGGCAAAGUCGUAUGCGCUUAAAAAAAAAACAAAAAAAACAAAUAAACUUCCUGUUUAUAUUCGAUAACAGCAAUAUUUAUUAUGCGCUUAUCAAUAUAAAGCAAAUUAUACUACAUAUACACACUUAAGGUAGCUUUUUUAUAUAUUUAGAAGUGCGCGCUUUUAUCUAUUAUUUCCUCGGUUCAAAAUAAAAAUAUUUAUAGUACAUAUGUGUGUAUGCUUUAAUGUGUUUCAAUUGCAGGUGGCCCGUGCUUUGCUGAGUAUGCGUUUUAUUUAAAUAGAUUCAAUUCGCAUACUUUUGGAUUAUCAUUCUAUACAACAAGAAAACAACGUCCAUAUUCGAAAAUUCAUUGCUUCUAAAAAUAAAUGAUAUCCCCAAAGCUUUGACUUAGUUAUUGAAAAAAUUACUUUUAAAGGCUUUAGAGAGUUCAUUUUUGAUUGAAGAAAUAAGCACAUACUGCCAGUAUUUUCCAAAGAUUCCCCUAAUAAUUUGGUAUUAAUUUUUUUUUAAUAAAUGCAACUCGGCAAAGUGCCUUCUAACCGUUCAAAAUCAUCUAUACACUUAGCGGGUUUUAAAGAUUUUUGGCUCGUUCAUUUUUACCUCUUUAUUUAAGUUACACUAUUACUUACGACUGUUGUGCACACCCAGGUGUUUAUUUAUAAUUUUUAGUUUAAUCUGAGAUUUGUAAUUCUUUAUAAAAUGAAAUUGCGUGAAUUGGGUGGUAUUUCUGGUUCACUACAGCAGCUGACAAUGAAUACAUCCAAGUCGCUCUGGUAGUUUUAAAAUUUCGGUGAUCUGGUCAAUGUUUAUGCCAACCAAGUUAAAAUUAAUUCUUUUUUGUGCUGAGCUGGUACGGUUGUUGAAUUUUCGAGUCAUGGUACCGGAAAGAUCAGUAGCUUAAAAGUAGUGAACCAGUAUAUUUUCAUGUGUUGCAAGUGUAUCACUUCCACGCACACUUAAAAUACUUCGCUGCUAUAUAGCGUGCUAGAUUAUAAUAAUAAUUAAAAGUUGCAAAUAAGUCGAAUUUGUCAUUUAAACCAAAUAUUAAUAUUUAAUUUUCUAAAUAGUAAAAUAAUCCGCUUAGUAUUAAGGCAAUAAAGUCUUCUGUUCUCGUUUUUGUCAAUUUUAAAGACUUGAAUUUUAUUACUUGCUUAAUUACAUAGAAGCUCAUCUUCGAAGUUUAUUACUAUAUAAUACAUAAAAAUACAUAUACAAUAUAUAACCAGUAUGUUUGAAAUGUUGUGCGUUCAUAUUUUCCUUAUAAGCGUUUUUAUAUGUAUACUAUGUAGCGUGUUUAUAAGAUUUGCUCUAACAUGUUUUAGUUCGAGUUAUGUAAUGUAAGCUUUAAGUGUAAUAAUGUAAACAGUCGAUAAAAACAACAAAAAAAAAACAUUGAUUUAUAACUUCAACGCAUCUUUCUAAAAUAUUUCUAUGAAAUUCGAAUUAGAGCGAUGCGCUUGAGUGCACUUAAGAUCUUAAGAAUUCUUAUUCAUCAUUUAUAGCCAACGCAAAGUAUUAAGUACUUCGAUUCUUAUGAAUCAAAAGAAUGUGAAUUUACUUAAUUUUUUGCGCGUUUUCUCCAAAAAAGUAUAAAACUGAAAUUUAAAUCAAAAUGUUACUUCAUGCAUAAGUGUUUAGUGCUUUAAAGCAAUACAUUACCUGGGUUUUAUUACUUCAGAGCAUUAAACGCGUUGAACUAUCCGCACAUUCAAUAUUUUGAAUAAAUGAUUUCAGCAAAUUCCCGCAACUGCCGUAUUAUUUAUUCACAAUUUUAUGCAUCUGUGUAAUCACAAGAUUUGCAAAAUGUAAUCAAAAAACAACUAAAAACGAUUAUUAAUGGCAACUAUCAUUUGCAGAUCGGCAAAGUCGUCUAUUAAACCUAAUUACUAUAUAAUUUUAUUGUGAAUAUGUAGCCGUUUUUAAGUGUAUACCCAGUUACAAUUAAAGAUGCGUAUAAAACACACGAAUUACAAACAAUAAAAACAAAGAUUUUAAGAAAUAAGAAUGUUCCUUCGAUUCCAAUAAAUAUUCUUACAAACAUACUUACGAACAUAUAUUUAGUAGUAAUAUUUCGAUAAAACAAUGUUAGAGAGAAGCAUAGUUCUAAUAUAUACUUGUAAACCUAAUUGCAUACAUACAUACCCUACAUAUACACAUACACACAUAGUUACAACUUUAAUAAAAACUGCUUAAUAAACUA